AUGGCACAUCUGAGAGCGGAGCUGGUGGUCCACCGGUGCGACGCCUGGGCCACCAGUUUCAGGCGGGUCAUUGACAUGUCCACCUUGAGGCGCUACUGGCGGCGAGCUCGGGACAGGGUGCCCGCUCUCUUUCAGCGGCUGCGUGAGUCGCCCAGCCCCAACAACCUCCGUGUCGCUCAGGGGAUGAUAGCGGGUUACCUCGUCGUCAGCUCCGGUCACCGGCGGUGCGUCAUAGCGAACAUGACCGUGGAGGAGUUCCGGGGGGCCGGCGAGCUGGACAACGGCGAGAGGGUGGUGGCGGUCAGGCACCACAAGACGGCGGCCUUCUUCGGAAGAGCCAACGUGGCUUUCAACCCCGAAGAGUACAGAUGGGUGUCUGAACUCCUAGAGCUCCGGGGCGGUGAGUCCCUUUACUGCUUCUGUGCCCCGAAGGGGGGCUUGUGCACCGCGCUUCUCACCCAAUUCAGGAGCGCAUGGAAGUGCCUGAAACUGCCGGGGGCACCCUCCUUCAAGCAGAUCCGGACCAGUAUUGUCACACACGGUUUCGCACGACUUCAGCGGGCGCAGAGGGACAGGCUCUCGCUACAUGUGCCACCACCCAGACACGGCUGCGCAGUUCUACGUAGCAGACCAGACGGCCAAGGAGGAAUGCAAGGCCUUGGGGUCUUGGGCGCCCUUCCCUCGGGCUCGGCCUCUGACUCUGACUCUGCGCCCCUCCGUCCGACCGACCGAGCUCCAAACUACUGGUCUACCCGCCGGUUCUCCGGGUCGAACCCCGGCGGACUGCCGGACGCCCGGCUGGCCACCUCCGAGGCCGACAAAAACUUGGAUCGAAGGCUGACUUUCAGUGGAUCGCAACGAGGGGAGCUGCUCUGCCAUGCACAACACACCGACCCAAAAUCAGGACGUCUACAGGUCAUUUAG